AUGAAGGGUAGAUAUCAGCUUAAGAUCAGAGAAGACCUUCCGUCUCCUAUAAAAAUAUCUCAGUUCGCUAAUGAGCCCAUCGCAUUCCAUUUGCAUAAAAAGGGUGACAUAUUUAAGAAAUUUGAUGGAGCUAAUCCUCCUUCCAUCUAAGAAAGUAUUAACUUAAGAAAAGAAGUUGAGAAAAUAAAGGAGAAGAUAAAAAGAGAAAAGUUGCAUGAUGAAAUGAAAAAACUAGCUAAAUCUGUAGUAAUGAUUGAAGACGAGUCAGUUUAUGAGAAUGAAGUACCUAAAUGGAAGAAAAUGCUCAAAGAAAUAAAAUCGAACAGAAUUCAAAGCAGAAACAGAGAAGUAACAUCAACAAUUAGCCAGGAUAUAUCUACUGGAAAAUUACCUUUACUAAAGAGUAGGGUUGAUUUAUCUCAAAGCUAUCCAGAAGGCCAUCUUCCAGGAUUAAAGCAAAAGGAUACAAUAAGAAUCGGUCGGAAAAAUAAGCCGAAUUUGAGGAUAGAAAGAACUGAUCUUAGUGUAGAUAACUUUAAUAGUAACAUUUUAAUUCAGUCAGUAGAAUCUGAUGAGAGAAAUAAGACAAUUGACCAAAUAAAUAUUCCAGAGAUCAAAGCCUCCGCAGCUGAUUUUCAAGAUCAGCAAUUUACUUUAAUCCGAGAUUAAAGCAAAAGAUAGAACAAGAAUUUGGAAUCAAAAGUAAUGAUGACUCUCUUUGAUAGAUCAAGAGGAUCUAGUAUGCAAAGAUCUCCAGUUAUUGACAAAGGUGAGAAGAAAUUUAAUUAUGAUUUGAACUAAUCUAGAAAUACUAAUAGCUCGAAAAGCCUUCACUAAGGUAACGAUCAAAUUAAAAAGUACCAAACAAUCGAUAGCAAUCCAAGAUCUUCAAUAUAGAGUUCAUUUAAAAAACUAAUUUUACAAAGAUUUGGCACCAAUAUAGAGCAGCCAUCAGAGUGGGAAUUACAGAAGCAGAAAAUUAGAUCAAGUCUGUUGAAAUUGUAAAAGUCCUGCUAGGAAACAUGUGACGAUACUCAAAAAAAUUUAGACAAGAUUGAUAAAGGACUUUCAAAAGAAAGUCUAAUCAAAGAAAAUAUGGAGUUUACUGUGUCUACUUUGUAAGAAUUUGAUAACAUUGAGCCCAAAGGACUUGAUAUAAUUUUUGAGUAUAAGGUCGGUGAUAAAAAUUUUUAACAAGAUGAGGCUAAGAAAGCAGUCAAGGAUUAUAGAUAUAGAAAUUUUGAGAGUAAAAAUAAGAUUAUAUAACGACUUGAGUUUGAGGCGAGCUCUAAACAGAGAAAGCUAGCCAAAAAGAUCAAAAUAUGA